GAAGGAGGACUUCCGGAGCCGCGUGAGGAGGCCAUCGGGAGUCCGCCGGGCGGUCCCGCCUCCCGCGCGUGCUGGUUCCUGGCGGCUCCUGGUGGUCUCGCCUGCCAUCAUGGCCGCCGCCACCAUUGUGCACGACCCGUCAGAGGCCGUCCCGCUGUGCCCUGCCCUGGGCCUCUACCUCAAGCCCAUCACGCGCAUGAGCAUCUCAGUGGCGCUGCCGCCUCUGACGCCACCCGGCAAGUCCAUCUCCAACUGGGAGGUGAUGGAGCGGCUGCGUGCGCUGGCGCCAGCGAAUGCACAGUUCUCGGCGCUGCGCAUCGCCAAGAGCACGUUGGAUUUCGUGCGCUUCGAGGGCGAGCUCGAGCGGCGCGCGCUGGUGCGGCCUGUGCUGGCCUGCCUGGACGGGCGCACGCUCAAGCUCAGCGGCUUCCCUGAUGCCCUGCGAAUACGUGCCGCCGAGCUUCGCGCCGACUUCCCGUCCCGCCAUGCCUGGGACGCCUUCUUCCGGGACGCCCCCGACAUGGAUGAGGCGCGGCCUGGGGAGCGGCCAGACACCGUGCACCUGGAGGGGCUGCCCUGCCGCUGGUUCGCGCCCCGGGAGGCCACUUCUGGGGCUACUUCUGGCGCGACUUCUGGUUCUGGGGGCGGGGCCUCGGAGCGGCCCAGCGAAGAGCUGCUGCGCCAGGCCUUCGGCACCUUUGGAGAGAUUCGCCACGUGGACAUCCCUAUGCUCGACCCCUACCGGGAAGAGAUGGCAGGCCGCAGCUUCCACACCUUUAGCUUCGGUGGCCAUCUUAAUUUCGAGGCCUACGUUCAGUACCGCGAGUAUGCGGGCUUCGUGCGUGCUAUGAGCGCCCUGCGUGGCAUGAAGCUCAUGUACAAGGGCGAGGACGGAAAGGCGGUGGCCUGCAAUAUCAAGGUCUCCUUUGACUCCACCAAGCACCUAAGCGACGCAUCGAUCCGGAAGCGGCAGCUGGAGCGGGAGAAGCUGCGGGAGCUGGAGCAACAGCGCGAGGAGCAGAAGCGGCGGGAGAAGGAAGCUGAGGAGCGUCAGCGCGCAGAGGAGCGGAAGCAGCGCGAGGCUGAGGAGCAGGAGCGCGAGCGCCGGCGUGAGGAGAAGCUGCGUCGCAGGGAACAGCGGCGCAGCCGCAAGAGGGCAGAGAAACUGCAGGCAGAGGAGCAGCGACGGCUGCACUUCCGGGUCCGUGCUGAGGAGCGGAAGCUGCUGCUGGCCCAGCGCAACCUGCAGUCGCUGCGGCUGGUGGCUGAGCUACUGGGCCGUGCCGAGGCGGCUGAGCAGCGGCGGCGACAGGAGGCAGAGCUUCGGAGAGUGGAGCGCGAGAAAGAGCGCGCUCUGGGGCUACAGCGGCGGGAACGGGAGCUACGUCAGCGCCUGGUAACACUGCUUUUGGGGCGCCGCCCUGGCACUGCUCACUCUGGCUCUGGCCUCGCCCACACUGGCCCUGGAAGCCCGGCCCAGUCCGACCCACUCCGGCCGGUUCUUGACCUCCUGAGGGGUGUGUCCACAUCCCGCCCCGCCCACCCGCCAGGAGAUGAUGUCUCGGGCCAGGCAGAUGACAUCACUAUCCCGGCCCUGCACACACAGCCUGACAACAGGAAGGAGCCGCAGGUCCUGGCCUGCAUCCCUGACAACGCCCCACCCAAAGCCACAUCCGUGCCUGUGGCCACGCCCAAUGGGGACCCUUGUAGGGAGGCACACAGUGAGGACAAGUGCAACCGCGAACCUGAAGCCUUGGCCAUGCCUACUCCUGCAGGGGAGGAGGGGGAGGAGGACGCCCAGCCCCGCCCUGCCAAGGACCGGAAGCAGCACCGGAAGCGAGCCCGGGGGGAGGACAAGGAGCAUGGGAGGCGGCGCCGCCGGGAGGAGGAGGGCAGAGGGCGGGACCGGAAGCACAGCCGCCGCCAUCACCAUGGGGACCCAGCCCGCUCCCGGUCACGCUCCCCACAGACCCCUCCUCCUCCCCGGGGGGCUUGGACACGGUGAUGGCCACCCACAGGAAACAACCAAGGACACCCACAGAAAAUGCCCAACAGGACAUGACCCCGCCUUGCUGACAACGCUGACAGGACACGCCCAUGAUCCUGGGAACAAUCUGCCGCCAGCCUGCUACACAGAACAGGACCACCAGGCCUGACUAGCCCUACCCAUGGGACAUACCCCUCCCAGUCCACCCACCCCAUACAGACCAAAGGAUACUCCUGACAGUCCCACCUGACCCAAUCCCUCCCCUUCCUCCUCCAUGACACACCUACCAAGCCUGACCCAUCCAGGACGAAGGACACGCCCACCAGUUCUGUCCAGCCCAGCCCAUUCAACUUCCAUGAUCCUCCAAUGAAACAUGCCGACCCACCUGUCACCUCAGGUCAGACAUGGCCAAACCUGGGGGAGGGUAAGACUGACUCCAUUUGACAGCGGGCAGGGCGGGGCCGACCACAGCUUCCAAGACUGAGCCAAACGAAGUAAUGUGGCCAAGUGUUAGUCUACUUGAAAUAAACUUUGACUCAUGA